AUGGCGUGCAGACUGGAGGACGACAUGAACGAGUCGAACGGGUUCGUGAUCAAGACGAAGUCGGGGAAGGACUUCUACAUCAACGCCACCUCGGAGAAGGAGAAGGAGGACUGGAUGGUGCAGAUCGCCGUCGUGAAGCGCUGCUACCUGAUGCGCCAGCGCGCGCAGGAGCACAUCAACCGCCGCCACUACAAGCAGGUAGGCGCAGUGGAGAGAAGCCGUCACGCGCAGGCGCUGGAUCUGGUGUGGGAGGCGCGGAACGUCCGCUCGAUGGUCACGGAUCCGAACCUGGUGCAGCUGUGGGGCCAGAUCGCCGAGCACACGGACUCGGAGUGCGGCGCGCUGUUCAUGGUGGAGGCUCUCGAGGAGACGCUGGACGGCAACGUGUCCGUGCUGGCGUUCUGCACGGUGGGCAAGGACGUCGCGACGCCGCGUCUCAUCGCCGGCGACUUCAACGGCAACGUGAUUCUCUUCGACGCGGCGUACAACGUGAUCCAGCGGCAGAAGGCGCACAAAAACAUGGUGACCGCGAUCAGCACGCUGCCGAAGCUCAGUCCCUCGCGCUUCGUGGCCACCGGCGCCGCGGACGGGUCGAUCUGCGUGCUGAACGCGGAGACGGGCGCGGUGUACAUGACGGUGAAGGACUUCCGCCGCGCGGCGAGCUGCUGCGAGAUCUUCGAGAGCAAGGAGCGCGGAAUCCGGCGUCUGAUCGCGGCGGACCGCGAGGGCCGCGUGGCGAUCUACGACCUGGACGCGAAGCGGCUGGUGGCGGAGAAGGAGACGGACUGCGGGAACGUGCGCGGCCUGGUGUACCUGCCGUCCGGAAACGCGUUCGCGAUGAUCUGCGCGUCGGGCGCGCUGCUGGUGUUCGACGAGAUGUUCAACCAGCUGACGUUCGCGCACGUGGGGCAGGGAGUGGUCUACGCGCGCGCGGUGGACGCCACGCAUCUGAUGGUGGCGACGGAGAACCGCGAGCUGAUGGCGUACAACCUCACGCAGACGAACCCGGAGCCGGUGAAGGUGCUGAAGCUGACGUGCAAGGAACCGAUCCGAUGCUUCGAUCUGACGGCGGACGGGAAAUACGCGGUGAUCGUGAGCAAUGAGGUGGAGAUCUGGAAGCUGGCGAACCAGCAUUGCGAGGCGAAUUUCUCGCCGACGAUCCCGGUGCGGUCGAUCAGCAUCACGAGCGAUUAUGUGUCGUUCUUCCUCACGCAGGACACGCACAUCGAGAAAUGGGUGGUGGACUGGAAGAUCACCUACGAGGGAAAGAAGUAUCGCUCUCCCUUCCUCCAGCUCUAUAAGAACGAGGGCGCCGUGGACGAGGCGGGACAAGCCAAGGACGAAGCGCAGAAGGCGCCCGCGACGAGUGCGAAUCAGUACAAGGGAACGAUCGAGACGGUGGAGGAGGAAGGCGAGGAGGAGGACGGAGAUGAGAAGUAG